AGAACAUAGAGGAAACUUGUCCGGGCGCACAACUUAUCUAGAGCUCGUGAAGACAUGAGAGGCCACCGGAGAGACGCGCGCCAUCUGAUCUGCUCGGAGCGCCAGGCGCGUUUGUUUUGUUGAUUGAGAAAAGCUUCAUGAAGAUAUACAAUGUUUAUGAAUGGAAGUUUUCUGAACACCUCUGCACCGGACCCUAGCGAGCAAGCGCUUCACCGGCCGCCCUGGGUCACUACUACUCUAGGGUGUUUCCUCAUAUUCACUAUAGUGGUGGAUAUUUUAGGAAACCUGCUGGUGAUUUUCUCAGUCUACAGAAACAAGAAACUUCGGAACGCAGGUAACAUCUUUGUGGUGAGCUUGGCGGUGGCGGACCUGGUGGUGGCCAUCUACCCAUAUCCAUUGGUCCUCACCUCCAUAUUUCACCAGGGCUGGAACCUGGGAUACAUGCACUGCCAGAUCAGUGGCUUCCUGAUGGGCGUCAGUGUAAUCGGCUCCAUUUUUAACAUCACCGGCAUUGCGAUUAAUCGCUACUGCUACAUAUGCCACAGCCUGAAGUAUGACAAGCUCUACAGCGACAAAAACUCAGUGUGCUACGUCCUGCUGAUCUGGGCGUUAACAGUGCUUGCCAUUGUGCCCAACUUGUUUGUAGGCUCACUGCAGUAUGAUCCGCGGGUUUACUCAUGUACGUUUGAACAGUCGGCGAGCUCGGCAUACACCAUCGCCGUAGUCUUCUUCCACUUUAUUCUUCCCAUUAUGAUCGUUACCUACUGUUACCUGCGAAUCUGGGUUCUGGUCAUACAGGUGAGACAACGCGUCAAGCCGGACAAUCGCCCUAAGCUCACACCUCAUGAUGUACGAAACUUUGUCACAAUGUUUGUCGUAUUUGUGCUCUUUGCUGUCUGCUGGGCACCUUUAAACUUCAUUGGACUGGCAGUAGCGAUUUCUCCAGAGCAUGUAGUUCCUCUAAUACCAGAAUGGCUCUUUGUGGCAAGUUAUUUCAUGGCAUACUUUAACAGUUGCCUCAACGCAAUAGUCUAUGGAGUGUUGAAUCAGAACUUUCGACGCGAGUACAAGCGCAUCGUUGUGUCGGUAUGUACUGCGAGGAUCUUCUUUCCAGAAAGUUCUAAUGAGGCACAAGAGAGACUAAAGAGCAAACCCUCGCCACUCAUGACCAACAACAAUCAGGUCAAGGUGGACUCUGUGUGAACGGUGUGCAUUUAUAAGUGUGAAUAUGUUUCAGUGGUGAAGAGAACACAACAAUAUGAACCAUGCAAACAUUUCUAAGGAAUCUGAUAAGACUUUACCAAAUAUGUUGCCAGAGAGUAUCUAUUCCUGAAACUGUGAUCUGUUGCCUCAACACAAUCAAAACAAACAGGAAAUUAUCAUUACGAUAUUUUUUAUAAAACACAUUAUUAUUUUUUUCAUUGUUGGUGAAAUGUAACUAUGUAUGAAUUUCUCUUGUUUAAAUGAAUAUUCCAUGCUCAAUACAAGUUAAGCUCAGUCGACAGCAUUUGUGGGAUAAUAUUGAUUACGACAAAAUUAAUUUUGAAUUGUCCAUCCUUUAAAAAAAAAAAAAAAGCAAAAAUCGAAGUUAUAGUGAAGCACUUACAAUGAAAGUGAAUGAGGCUUUAUUUUUGGAGGAUUUAAAAGGCAGAAAAGUGAAGCUUAACACAUAAAUUAUUUGAGAUGUAGAGUUUUUUAAAUUGUAAUUUUUACAGUCAUAUUAGGGUUUAAGGGUUUGUUGACAUUAUAUUGUCGUGGCAACGAAUUUGCAAACUUUACACAGAAAAGGUUAGUAAGUGAUUUUAUCACACUAAACUCAUGUUAACAUGCAUAUUGUUUAUGUCUUAUGGCUUAACUAAUUAAAUAGUGAGUAUAUUAACCUUGUGCGACCCCGCGACCACAUGUGUGGACUUUUUAUUUUGGCUUCGCUGUACGCAACGCAUAAUUUAAAUGAAUUAAAACUGACUGAAUACUCUUCACAAGAAUCUACACUGUCAUUUAAGGGUUAAACGUCUGGCGCACCGCAUCACGUUACACAACAGCGUGACGUCGAUUUCUGUGAAGCUCUCCUAUGGGCACAGUGCCAACAAAAGUGUACGUCUGUACGUUUUUUGAAUUAAAACUGUUUGGUUGUAAAGAGUAGCGUCUGUAGUUUCGUUUGAUAGGCGACUUUAAAAAAUCCAUAAAUUUUUCGCGCUGAUAAAAAUUAUGUCCACAAAUGUGGAAAAUGGGACCUUAUUCCCUCAAAAAAUAUAAAAACAUGUAAGUUAUUUUUAAUAAUUUUCAACUAUAACACAUCUGUGGGUCAUUUUGCUUCAUUUUUAUAUAAAUAUUGUAAUUUAAUUUUGUUAUCAUAGUACAAUACAGUUCUAUUCAUUAACAUUAGUAAAUGCAUUACUAUAUAUCGACUAUGCAUUUUCACACUGAGAAUAAAUGUGUUCAUUCAAAAACUGAAAAAUCUUGCUUUCAGAGGCUUUAUAUGGAGUUAGGAUGAAAAUAAGGUACUUUCUGAGACCGACAUCACACUGGAGGUUAAGUCAUACACUAAAUAGGGAGCAAGGGUGCAUCCUAUAGCUUUGUAUGGUAGCAUUCAAGUGCAUUCAAUCCUAAAAUUCGACCAAAAGUUCAGUUUCAGACUGCAGAUGAUGUUUGGACCACUCAACAUGUUUGGCAGACAUGGGACAAUGAUAAUCAGUACAUAGAUUCAGAAUUUUGUAAUGCAAAAUUUUAUUUUAACACAGUUGGAAGUGAUUUGAUGAUGAUGGCCAUUACUUUUAAUCAGAAUUAUUUAUUCAGCUUUAUAGAAAAUCAGCUGUAAUGUCUAUAACAUCUCAAAAACAUGAAUAACCAACACUCCUGGACACAAACUAUUUGAUGAAAAAAAUCUGACUUUUUAUAGAUUGGUAUCAUUUAGCAUUUCACAACUUAGUCCAGCUGUUCACAUAUGUGGAACAUAUUAGGAAAACUAUUUGCUCUAGAAAUUUUUAUAUUUUUGGCUUGUUUAUUAGGUGCUACUAGUUACAGAUCAAAAAAGGAAAAUGCUGGGGUCUCAGGGGGUUAAUGUUAAAAUAUUGGCCCCCAUUCACUUCCAUUGUAAGUGCCUCACUGUAACCUAGAUUUUUGCUUUUUUUUUUUUUAAAGAAAAGGAGGGGCAAGUCAACAUUUAUUUUUGUGGUGGUCAUUAUUAUGCCACAAAUGCUGUCUAUUGAGCUUAACUUGUAUUGAACCUGGAAUAGUCCUUUGAGUGUUUACAGUAAUCAUAUCAAGAAAUAUAUGUAAUACAUACUUUGUGUAAUGAUUUUAUAUUAAUUAUCUAUGUCUGAACAGAACAAAAUCGCAUAUAAGAAGAUAUUAAUUAUAUAUUACUGUAUAUAAAGAUAUAUUGAGUGUUUCACUGAGGUUGAUCAUUCAGUGAAAAAAGAAUAAUGUUAUCAAAAUUAUGCCAUGAACAUCAGCUUAUCUCUACAAUGCCUGGUCAAAAAUGUGAACCAAAACAUUACAAAAUACACUACCAAAAGAGUUCGUUAGGCAUUUACUGCUUUGAAAGUACCUCAUCCGGUUUGACACUGUUACUCUCCAUUUGAGGAAGCAAUACACCUGGAUUGCUGCUGUACCACAAAACCUGCAAAUAUGUUUGAAAGAUUCCUCUCCUCUCAAUGGUCUCUUUGUCCUUCGUCCUCACCUCCUAUGACCCUUUUUAACUCUCUUAAUCUCUUUUUGCCUCUUGUCUGUUUUUUUUAAGCCUUUGGCUAUUUUCUCUCCCUCACUUAUUGUCUUUAUCUGUCUCUUUCUCUCCACUCUUUGUAUGCAUGGAUUUAAUGACAUAUUCAUAUGCAAACUGAUAAAAAAAAAAAAAAAAAAAAAAAAGUUUGAAGAUUAAAAACACUACAUAUGAAUUUCUGCAGAAUUAUGUUUUGUGUAAUUUCACACAGAUAAAUGUCAUGGGAGUCUUUUCCUGUAACUUAGUUCACCUCAAAAUGUAAAUUCCGUCCAUGUCGUUCCAAACCUAUAUGACUUUCUUCUGCAGAACACAAAAGGAACAUUUUUAAAGAAUGUUGCAAUUGAUUAUUUACAGUUCAUACAAUUUCAGUUCAUAAAGACUUACUUUAAAGCUUAAAAAAGCACCCAAACGUUUCAUUAAAGUAUUCAAUGUGACUUGUGUGGCAUAUUCCAAGACUUCUGAUGGGACUGAAAUGAAAUAAAAAAUAAAAUAA